AUGUUGCGAGCUUGUGCAAUUGAUUUUGGAGGUAAUUGGGAUGAAUAUCUACCUCUUGUGGAAUUCGCGUACAACAAUAGUUAUCAAGCAAGUAUCCAAAUGGCUUCGUAUGAAGGACUUCAUGGGAGGCAUUGUAGAUCUCCAAUUGGGUGGUUUGAACCUACUGAAGUAGAACUAUUGGUUCCCGACUCAGUUCACGAAAUAAUAGAGAAGGUGAACCUCAUUGUGCAACGACUAAAGACAGCUCAGAGCCAACAGAAGUCUUAUACGGACAUGAGGCAUCGUGAGCUAGAGUUUUCUAUUGGUGACAAGAUUGUUAGGAGAACUGGGAAGGUGGUUUAUAAGUUGAAGUUACCAUCUGAGAUGGCCAUGGUGCAUCCUGUGUUUCACAUUUCGAUGUUGAGGUUGUAUAAACCUGAUCCUUCUCAUGUCUUGACUCAUGAAGAGAUUGAAAUCAAUGAAGUGUUGUCCUAUAAAGAAGAACCAGUGCAGAUCUUGGAUCGACAAGUUAGGAGGUUGAGAACAAAAUAUGUAGCUUCAGUUAAAGUCCUGUGGCGAAAUCAUAAUACCGAAGAAGAGAAUUGGGAAGCAGAGGAGGACAUAAAAAAGAGAUACCCUCACUUAUUCCCUAUUUCAGGCUUGUCUGGUGUGGUUGUGGGAGUCUCUGUAAGGACCACAUGGUUAUUGUUACAGUAUUAUAUGAGUUUUGUUCGAGAUAGCUUGCAAUGCAAAGGAAUAAUAGCAAGAAUUUUGAAGACUUAA